CUCGCGGUGGUUCCGGCGAGGUGGCGCCGCGGGCUGGCUCGCAGUUGGCGGCGGCGGCGCGGGGCUCGGAGGACGGCUGAGUGCCCAGACAGUGAAUGAAAGUACCUGCCAUGGUCAGUGCUCAAGAGGACAGCAACAUGGAUGUUGAUGGCUCUGUACAAGAUCCUGAAAUGAAAGAAUAUUCUUCUGUCUGCGUUGGCAGAGAAGAUGUCAUUAAGAAAUCUGAGAGAAUGACAGCUGUUGUUCAUGAUAGAGAAGUGGUUAUUUUCUACCACAAAGGAGAAUACCAUGCUAUGGAUAUUCGCUGCUACCACUCAGGAGGACCUUUACAUUUGGGAGAAAUAGAGGAUUUUGAUGGACAGUCAUGUAUCGUUUGCCCCUGGCAUAAAUACAAAAUUACUUUGGCAACAGGAGAAGGACUUUAUCAGUCUAUAAACCCUAAAGAUCCAUCAGCAAAACCCAAGUGGUGCUCCAAAGGAAUAAAGCAAAGGAUUCACACAGUCACAGUGGACAAUGGGAAUAUUUAUGUGACUCUUUCUAAGGAACCUUUUAAGUGCGACUCUGAUUUUUAUAACACUGGAGAAUUCAAAGUAAUUCAGAGCUCUUCCUGACAAUGUAUAAUGACUCUUGAUAAUUUAUAUGGUAAUUAUAAGUGUCACGUGUAUAUUUAAAAUAUUUUUAGACUGACUUUUAAUAUCAAACAUUACUUUUCCAAGAUAGACAUAUUGUCUAUAAAAACCAUAUAAAUCUGAGAGGUUAAAAAGCACAUUGACUUGCAAUAAGUAUUAUAUUCAAAAUGUAUCAGCUAUGUUUUAUUCAGGCUUUGGGUUGAUUGGUACCUGAAGAUUAUCAGUUUGAAACAUCAAACCAGUUUAAGGAAGAUAAAAGUAAAGUAACCAAUAUGAGGAAAGGGUAAAAAUAUCUAGUAAUAAAAUUUGUUAUCUUUUUUUGUGGUCUGGGAAAGAAGUCCCUAUUGAAGUUGUACAGUAUUUGUUCUUCAGCCUUUUUAUCUGUGUAUGAACCCUAUUCUGCAAACCUGGCCGGCAGCUGUAACCAAGGCAGUAGGCCAGUGCUUUCAGCCUGUCCACACCUGCAGGCCAGUGCCAGUCAUGUGGAUAAAGCCACUGAUGUGACCAAAGUUUUAACAUACACAAAGUAAGUCUAUAGUGUAGUGAACUCCCAUCACCAGACUGCAACAGAUAGCAUUCUAACAGUCUUUUUCAUUGAUAACCUCCAUGCAUUCUUCAUCUUGCCUAUUUUUUUUAAACUUACAUUGUAAAAAUAUAUUUUAAAUACAUUGAAAUGCUUGAAGUUUAGCUCCUACAUACUUCCAAAUCUAUAAAAAGCUUUUUACAUUUAAAAAAAGCCUUCUAAAUGGGAUCUAUUUAUUUAAAAAAAAAACAAAAAACUUACUACAAUGCUCACCAUUGAAACCAAGCAAAUCAGGGCUCAUAUUUUUGUGCAGGCUGACACAGAAGCUGUUGCUAACCCCAGGCAAGGUGCAUGAAGUCUCUUAUGCUUGAGUCCAAGCACUUUGAAUGCCGAUGUAAAAGUUUUGAAUAAAAAUUUCAUUUUGUUUGUUUUUGUAUCUGGA